CGUGGCGCCAGACGGAAGGUUUAGUACCGCUCCGCAAGGCGCUUGGAAACGGCUGUUUUUUCCCGCUAAGAAAAGGUGUUCACAGUGGCAUUUCCAGUCCUGGUGGAACAGCUGGCUGCACCUGGACAGCUGCGAUGGUGUGAGGAAGACAGAUGCCAGGUGUGGAAUACCUGACGUCAUAUCGGAGAAGCCAUAGAACAACCUAAAGAUUUUGUAAACAGUGUUGCUGCACCUUUGCCCUGCUGUGGUUGUGCGAACGUUUGUUCGACGGGUGCGGGCAGGGCGGCGUGUCCGGGGCGGCGGAAACACCGAGUCGCGUUUGUCGAUUCCGUACACAGAUAGGACAUGGGUUGUUCCAGUGCCAAGCAGAUCCCUGCCCCCCUCCCGCCAGAGAAAGACAGUCCAGUCCUCACACACACCACCAGCUCCACCAAACAGGCUGAUAUCAGAGAUGUUGAGGAUGCUGGUGAGGAAAAUGACCAGGAGGUGACUGACCGGGGCAGACAUGUGAAUGGAGACGGGGAAGCAGGGAUGUUAAAAAAGAUAGUGGAAGACAAGUAUGAGCCACCAAAGCCUAUCAGCAGACCGGCUCCGCAUGUAUCUCACAGUCAACAAGAGUUCUUCAGACUUUUGGACCAAAAAAUAGACCAGGGGAGGGACUAUAUUACAGACGAUGAGGAGGCAAGAUGACAGUGGAUUUGGGACGUCCUGUCCCUACCCACAAUCUCAUAAUGGCAUGUCCCACUUCUGUUUGAAGAUAUGUACAUGUAGGCUGUUAUUUUGACAAGGAAAAUGGCCAUUUGCUGCAGUCUAGGUCACAAUGUUAAAGUCAAUGAAUUACAUAUGUACGUAC